CUUCCCUGUCCCCCUCUUUCCCUCUUUUUGAUCUAUCUCUUUUGCUUCCCGGCCCCCCUCCCUGCCUGGUCCUCCAUCCCCGGGCGGGGUUGCUACGGAAACGGCCGCUUGGCAACGCGCGCGAGCCCGGGGGCCGCCGGCCGCUGCUGCGCCCCGCGCUGCCUGCACCGCCUCCCGCGCUCUGCUCGUCGCCUCGCAGGACAGUGUGCGGCCGCCGGGGAUUAGCCACGCUCCGGACGCGGCCGGGCGCCCCGGAGGAGGUGGAGCGCGGUGCCAGGGGGCGGGAGGGGAGGGAGGGAAGGCGAGCUGCAGACGAGCAGAAAGGAGGCGAGGCCGGGGAAAGAGGGAAACUACGCCCGACAACUAGGGAGGGGGCGAGAAAGAGAAGAAACCCACCCAUCCACUCAGAAAGAGGAAAAGAGGAAAAAAAAAUCUCGUGUGGCGCGCCGCCUGGUUACCGGGCAGCCUCGCCAGCAGCAGGGGGUGGGAGCCGACGCUGCCGGAGAGCGAGCAGCCUGGCAGGCACGGACAUGGUGCUCCUGGCGCAGGGCGCUUGUUGCUCGAACCAGUGGCUGGCGGCGGUGCUUCUGAGCCUGUGCUCUUGCCUCCCGGUUGGGCAGAGCGUGGACUUCCCCUGGGCGGCCGUGGACAACAUGUUGGUGAGGAAAGGUGACACGGCGGUGCUCAGGUGUUACUUGGAGGAUGGAGCUUCAAAGGGUGCCUGGCUCAACAGGUCAAGUAUCAUUUUUGCUGGAGGUGACAAGUGGUCCGUGGACCCUCGAGUUUCCAUUUCCACGUUGAAUAAAAGAGACUACAGCCUGCAGAUACAGAAUGUGGAUGUGACGGACGAUGGCCCGUACACCUGCUCUGUGCAGACCCAGCACACGCCCAGGACCAUGCAGGUCCACCUCACUGUGCAAGUUCCUCCGAAAAUAUAUGACAUCUCAAAUGACAUGACCAUCAAUGAAGGGACCAAUGUCACCCUCACUUGUCUGGCCACCGGGAAGCCAGAGCCUGCCAUUUCCUGGAGGCAUAUCUCCCCAUCAGCAAAACCAUUUGAAAAUGGACAGUAUUUGGACAUUUAUGGAAUCACCAGGGACCAGGCUGGGGAGUACGAGUGCAGCGCCCAGAACGACGUCUCGUUCCCCGACGUGAAGAAAGUCAGAGUGGUCGUGAACUUUGCACCUACGAUUCAGGAAAUUAAGUCUGGCACCGUGACCCCCGGACGCAGUGGAUUGAUAAGAUGCGAGGGUGCAGGUGUGCCGCCGCCAGCCUUCGAAUGGUACAAAGGAGAGAAGAAGCUCUUCAAUGGCCAACAAGGAAUCAUCAUUCAGAAUUUUAGCACAAGGUCCAUCCUCACGGUGACCAACGUGACACAGGAGCACUUCGGCAACUAUACCUGUGUGGCUGCCAAUAAACUGGGCACAACGAACGCGAGCCUGCCCCUCAACCCUCCAAGCACAGCUCAGUAUGGAAUUACUGGGAGCGCCUGCGACCUCUUCUCCUGCUGGAGCCUUGUGUUGACACUGUCCUCGGUCAUCAGUAUAUCCUACCUAAAGAACGCCGUCCUACAGUGAGUUUAAAGACCCACGAAAGGCUUUUAAGGAGUCUCCGAGAGUGCUGAUGCUGGAUCCAAUCUGGUGCGGUUGGCUGGACGCAGCGUGGGAUACAAUCGGCUGUCUUUACGAGGGUGACGCCGUCUGUGCAAUCCCUGGUUGUGUAAAUACUUUCAUUCUCCUCUCCUUUUGAUUAGACACACGACCUUGUGAAGCACUGCACAUUGUCCUUUUUUAAGAUGUGAAAGCUCUGAACUUACUUUUAGAGGAUAUUAAUUGUGAUUUCAUGUUUGUAAUCUACAACUUUUCAAAAGCGUUCAGUCGUGGUCUGCCAGGCUUCCGGCUGUAGUUUACAUGACAAAUAUUGCAGUGAACACACAAUUCUUUAAGGCCGCAAUACAAGGGUUCAGUGCCCAAUUUCAAUAAGAGUCAACCCACAUUUACAAAGAUGCAUUUUUUUUCUUUUUUUGAUAAAAAAAUCAAGUAAUAUUGCCUUCAAAUCAUUUCUUCAAAAUAUAACACAUAUCUAGAUGUCCCUGCUCGCAUGACAUCCAGGUUUUGGAAAUGAGCCUUGUAAUAUAACUCGCUGUGCUUCUCCUUCUAAGUUCAGCAUGGGUGUGCCUUCACAAAAUAAUCCUCUCUUUGUUUCUGACAAACACAUAACGUUUUCCUAAACCUUGCAAUUUGGAAGCAAAAGUAAAUUACACCGAUAAGCUAAGCCUGAGAACUUUGCCCACAGCAUCUCAAUUUUCUUGAUGAAACAGCAUAGUUGAAGUUGAGGCAAAACGUUAGGGCCACUGUGGGAAAGUCUGAGCUGUCAAAGGACAGCACAGCCUGUUCAAAAGCCCCUAGUAAUGCAACAAUCUUCUGCACCAAGGCAAGCUGAUGUCCCAAGACAGCUUCUCCACAUGGACCUGCGGUCCUAUCACCCACUAAUGCGGGGUGGUGAAUGCUCAAAUCAAUCUGGUUUUGACAUCAGUAAGUUAGGAUGACAGAGACCCUAAUUUUCCACCUGAUUUUCUGUCAUUCGGCUGAUAGAAAUGCAUGUUCUGUUCUUUAAAACUCCAAGAUGCAUUUUAACACAUACUGUACAUUUGGUGCAAAACAGAUCAGCCCUGAAGAAUCUAAUUCUUCACCAAAAUCUUGGUAGUCAUUUCCGUUCAAACAGAUGCUAAAACUGAGGACAUAACCAUGCCCGCCUGCAUCCUGUGAGACACACGUGAGAUGUGACCAGAUGGACACACCAGAAGGAGGGCAUCAUGGGAUAUGUUAGCCACUGGAUGAUUGUGAAUAUUACAUUUUUUCUAUUUAAAGAACAAAAUUACAUUUUUGGAGGAAAAUGCUGUUAGUCUAACUAUUAUAUUACAGGAAUAGGCUCAUGGUCUUGCUUUUGACCAAAGGAAGGCCAGAGCCUUGAAAGCCAUUUUUCAGAUCUGGUGAAGGUGCUAGUUUCAGCACGCCGAAGUUUCUACGGUGACCUUCUGCACACACUGACUAUAGACCUACUCUCAAAACCACGUGCAAGAAAUUUCACAGUGAUUAUUUUAGAUAGUUCAUGUUUUGCCCUAGAAGGAUGGCUUUAAAAUGGUGAUUAUUUUUUCUAAAUAAAAUUUAGACCCUAAAAGGCACCAUAAAUCUGUUUUAGUUAGGAAAAUGAAUCAUAAGUGAGGGGACAUAAAUAUACAGUCUUCCCAUGAAAUGGCAAUAAUGUGGCAUUCUGCAAUUAAAUUUAGUAGCUGUAAUAAAUUCAUGUCAUUUCGACUGGUAUAUUAAAAGUGAGUUUUGAAAAAUAUGGCGUUUAAAUUUCUAGCUGAUUUGCUACUAAAAAAAUGUUCUUUGUGGAAUUAGUGAGCAAGCAGCAAAUGCUUUCUUUGUAUUGCAGCUUUAACGUAGCACAAUCCACAGUAACCUACUUCUUAAGACAGCGGUGCUACCACGGAGUGUUGGCCACCUGCACCACUGUGCGGGGAGACAGAAAGAUGGAGAAUGCGUAUUAUACAGUGACCGUUUCCCUAGAGAUAAAAAUGCCUCCUCUUUGUAAGGUGUGUAGGGUACAUGUGAGGUAAACUGAGGUAUAAAAUACAGAUGAACCAAAUAACUAGUUCUAAGUGUCGUCAUGAUUCCGAAUUCGUGGAGUCCGGUGUUUUCCCCAUAGAGUGUGACAAAGGACAGUCAUAGCUCAGUAGCUACAUGUAUUUGCCUUUUUGUUAGAAAAGACUUUCUUGAGUGACAUUUUAAUAGAGGAGGCAUCCACUAUGUUUUUCUGUGUUACAGCGGCAUAGUCCUUAGGCUCCUGGACAGAGUGAAGUCAUGAGUAUUUAUGAGUUCAGUAUUGUUCAAAUAAGGCUACAGUAUUUGCUUUUUGUGUGGAUGUAUUGCAUAUAAUGUUCAAGUAGGUGGUUUUACAUUUACAGGCAUCUGAAAUGUCUGAUUGCUCCAUUUUAUCAGUCCUGACUGUACAAGAUUGUUGCAAUUUCAGAACAGCAGUUUUACGAAGUUAAUUUAUCUUUUAAUCUAUACGGUUUUUUAGCUGUUCACUUGAGCAUUGUGUUUUCCACAAUACCCAUCUGUGGGAUUCCUUUUGUUGCCCCCAAAUUUUCAAAGGAAGAAGGAAAGAAAAUUGUGAUUGAGAAAGAAGAAGGAGGAGAAGAAGAAGAAAAAAUAGUGGGAGAUAAGGAACAAAAAAGACUGAAAGAAGGGAAGAGACAGGAGGGGGAGCGAGGGAGAGCCAAAUUGUUCUGAUGAUGAUGAACCUGUUGGUCUGCCUUCUUGGUUUAACUGAAGAUGGCCUAAUUUUUUUCCCAAUGACCGUAUUACAAACCUUAGUCUUGUUAUGCCCCGAGAUCCUGCUGGUCAGAAUUCGCUUAGUGAUCAGUACUGCCCAGGCCAGAUUACUGAGUUCUUUGUGCAGACACUGAGAUUUGACGGAGAGUAUUUCAAAUAUAAAGUCAUUUUGAGGUUCAUAACUUGACUGAAAAAUUAUCUUCUCAUAAUAGUUAUGCUAUGUCUAAAAAGUAGACUGGAGAGCAAAGAAGUACCCAGAUAAUUCAGGACAAAACUGCACAUAUAUAGACAAGUACCCCAAUCUGUGAAGUCUGAACACUCUGAGCAACUGAACUAUCAAAAUCAAUCAAUGAUAUUGGUCAAAUUACUGAAUAAUUGUUAAUUUACCCAUUGUGCUUAGCUUUGUAACACAGCUGAAAGUUACCUAUUUAAUCUUUUCAAUAAAAAAAAUUGUGUUUUUUUCUUUGAAAUCCAGAAAUGAUUUAAAAAAGAGGUCAGGUUUCUAACUAUUUAUUGAAGUGUGUGGGUGUACAGUAUUUCAAUAGAUAUGAAUAUGGAUAAAUGGUAUUGCCUUAAGAUCCUCUGAAAUGUACUUACUUUAAAGACUGGAAAACACCCUUCCUGUCUUUAGUAAAAAUCCAUAUUUCAUAAUCUGAUGUAAAAUAUGUUGUACUGUUUCCAAUAGGUGAAUAUAAAGUCAGUUUAUCAAUUAAAAUAUGUAUUUGAC